UAGCUUCGAACCAAUCUGUAAUUAGCUUGUUGAUAAUACGUGUGACACCCGCGGCCUAAACUUGCAUAUUGAAGACCACCACCUGUUAGCUUCGACAUUGACCACCUUUGCCGCGUACAUAAGAAAUUGCGUUCCAUCAUGAAUUUGUAGUAUGGACAAACGAUGAUGGAGGGUUGCAUAUGACCUAAGACACUUCUAAGGAGUUCGCAUUCUGAGAGUCCGGCCCCCAGCUAGGCCUUUAUAGGAAUAGAAAGAACUUCAUCACAAUGGCGGAACAGCAGUUUGAAGAUAUGGAGGCGUUCUUGCGUGUGGCCAAGUACACACUGGUCAAGUUCACGGACAUGAACGUGGAGAUGAAGGAGGAGGCGAUGGAUAUUUGCAUCACGGCCGUUGAGAAGUACCCCAACGAUGCGGAGAAGUGCACACAGAUGAUUAAAGACCAAAUGGACAAGAAGUUCGGCGCGCCAUGGCACGUGGUUGUGGGGAAAGGCUUCUCCUACGAGAUCACAUACGAGGUACGAAACUUGUUAUACAUCUACGUCGGCGGGCGGACAGCCGUGCUGCUCUGGAAGAUGUGAGUACGACAACCUGCAGCCCUGAGGUCACUGUCCGGCGUUUGGGCGCUGGGGGGGCCCUAUACCUGCGACCGCUGGAGUGUUGCGCUAGCAGCAAGCGGAGUGCAGCUCACCCGUGGGCUGCUGCCACUGGCUUACCCUCGGGCUUCGCGUGCGCAUGGGGUUCAUGGUGGUUAUGGCGGAUUGAUUGUGGCGAAUGCAUGGCGGAGGAGGUGGAAGUGCUGGAUUGGGGGGACAGGUUGCCAUGUGUUCUUGUCCAUGGGACCUAAACAUCUGGUGCCAGCUUUUACUUAACACGUAGGACCAACGGUUAAGUUGCUUGGCCAUACCCGGCCAUCCUCUCAUGUAUGUAUGCAACACACAGUCAACACUCUAGUGAGCAAUGUACAGGAUCGGCCGAUCUUGUGGCGUUGCGUAAUAGGUUUUCAUGCUGCGAAAUGAAUGAUGUGUGGCGGUUUCGCGGUAGUUUUAAAGUCACGUCAGGGCAAGUUAGCAGGGCGUUUG